AUGGAGCAACUAGACCCUCUAUAUUUAGCUUUGUUGUACUAUCGAAUCAACAAAAUUGAUCUGGCCUCCGAGCAAUGUUCGAAGAUUUUGGAGAAAAAUCCGUUGGAUCAGGUGAGCUGAAGGGGGAAAUUAUGUAGAAGAAGUAGCUCAAUUUUCAGCAUAAAUCUUUUUAAAAUUUUCUAAAAAUUUUAAUUAAGCUUCCUUACGGCAGUUUUGAAAAUUUCUGCCCUGCAGAAAAAAUUGAAUUUUUUCCAAUUUUUGUUAUCAAAAUCAUCAAUUUUCAAGCAUUUCUUGGUGAUUUUCAACCGAAAAAUUUCCAAAUUUCUCAAUCAUUUUCAACCGAAAAACAGGUUUUUGGGGUAGAAAUUCCCUUACUUCAGAAGGUCGUAGCGACUUCAGUUUGCACUUUAAAAUAUUGUUAUUUCACAGACGAAAACUAAUGUCGCUUAAAAAUACAUAUUCCAAAAACGAAGUCUCUGCGCCGCCUCCGCCGAAAGUUAUAGCCUCCGACUUUCCUUCACGUUUCUUGAAAGACCCUGUUCAUUACCCUCCCCUUCCAGGCCGCCUGGUCGUUGAAACUCGCCUGUUUCACCGAAGAAGUUUACAUUGACGAGCUUGAAAACGACGAAGCCGGUCUAGCCGACGCCUAUCUCGACGAUCACGCCAUAGUAACCGGUGCCCGUCCUGGUACCUCGUUGAAUCGACCAGUUACGAAUGGCGGAGGUCCUUCGCCGGCGCUACGCCCGCGAACUCAAACCGGCCGGCCGUUGAGUGGAGUGGUCCGACCGGACAGCCGACUCAAGACCGGGACCAUGGAACAGCAGCUGAGAACGUCGCGGACGGCCAGAACGGCGCGCCCAAUCUCGUCGGCCACAGCGAGACAAGUCAGGCUGGGAACGGUAAGGGAUUUGGAGCUAAAAAUGGAGAUGUUCCAAGUGCGACGCUCAGGUUUUCUUUAGAUUUUGCACACAUUUCUAGUAUAGGUCACAUUUCCAUUCCUGAAAAUUUUAGCUCGCACUUUGCAGGCGUAGCCGAGAUAUUGAACGAUCUUUGUGGCCGAGAGAGCACGCAAAACGCGGAGAGCGGUCAUAUAAAAGCAAUUUUGGCCAUAUUUUUGCCAUUUUCAUGCGGAAAAACUUGAUUUUUUAUAGAAAUAUUGCCCUCUACGGUAGGAAUAGGAAUCAAACUUUUCGUGCCGAAAUUCGGCAAAAGGUGUCAAAUUUUCGCCAAGUUUCGAUCUAAAAAUCUCGGUUGUUUCUGCAAAGCGCGAGCUAGGAUUCUCGGGUAUUUUUUAGAAAGCAAGAUUCUAAAUUUGUGCCAAGUUUUAUCAAAAUCUAAGCGUCACAUUUUGAGUAUUUACCUUGUAAAAAACGCUGUUUCUUUAUGACCUCAACGCAUAAAAAUUUUUGCAGGCGUCAAUGAUUGCGCAGCAAGAUCAAUUCCUGAACUUGUCGCGUCUAAAUAUUGACAAAUACGCUGCUGAUCCGACGGUUAACCGCUAUUUAUUUGAGUAUGUUUUCCUACACGAGGGCGAUAUGAAAACGGCUCAUCAGGUAAGAUACGAACUAUGAACUUUUUUAUGGCUUUAAAAUCUCACCUGAUUGUUUGCAGAUUGCCGCAGCAGCAACGAAAGCGGCUGAGUACGGGGAUUGGUACUGGAAGAACCAAUUGGGGAAGUGUUAUUAUCGGUAAGUAGAGAUUUAAAGACCAGGGUUGACACAAGGGUGCUCAAAGUGCGACCCUUAUCACCGGCUUUUGGCUUACAUUGACCAUGAAAAAAGACAUGUAUUAAAAAUCGACUUUUUAUGCGUGAAAAUAUCAUUAUCUUUUUGCAUGUUGUAUACUAUCUUGUCGGCAAAGUUCGUUAGGUAUCUGCGAGCCUCUUGCAAAGCGCAAGACAAUGCCUUUAUGGACUGAUACUUACAAGGGCCGCGUUUGAAGUUCAACGCUCAAAUUUUGUACACAUAUCUGAUAUGGGUCGCAAAUCAAUGCCCGAAAGUUUUAACUCGCGCUUUGCAGAGCCUAGACGUUCAAUGGUCUUUUUGGCCGUAUCUUUUCCGGUUUCGCAUCGAAAAAAGUGACCGCUAAUUGCAGUGGCGGACCUUAUCCAUUGGCAAAAACAUACCAAGUUUUUUUUAGUUGGAGAUGGAGACAUUUUACUACAUUUUUGAUACCUCCCGGAUGCAAAAUGGUACGUUUUUGCCGCUGGAUCAGGUCCGUUAUUGUAACGUCAAAAUCUGCACUUGGAGUACUUCCCCUAUUAGUCUGGGGGGAUUUACAUUGUAUCUACAUAUAUGCGUUUGAACUAGACAGCAAUUGGAUGAAUUGUCAAAAAGUCGCCUUUCUCCACAUAGAUACCUUUUUUACAUUUUUUUCGAUUCUAAUUUUCCCUGUGAAUCUUCAAUUUCCAGAUUAGGAAUGCUCCGCGAAGCCGAGCGUCAAUUCGCGUCCUCGUUGCGCAACAUUAAAUUGGUCGAGACGUUCGCUUUCCUGGCCAAGGUUUACAUCAGACUCGACCAACCGCUCAGCGCCAUCGACCACUACAAAAGCGGGCUUCAGACCUUCCCCAAUGACAUCACGCUGUUGACUGGGUUGGCUAGAAUCUUUGAGGUGAGCUGGAAAUUAUUGCAAGACAUUGAAUUUUAGCAACUCGGCGAGAUGGACAAGUCCAUCGACUUCUACAAGCAAGUGCUGAAUCACGAGGCCGCAAAUGUGGAGGCGAUCGCUUGUGUUGGCAACAACUUUUUCUACAGCGAUCAGCCCGAGCUGGCCGUCAAGUUUUAUCGGUAGGGAUGAGAUUCGCUUUAACGUUUUUUUCAGCCGAAUUUUGCAAAUGGGUGUAAACUCGCCCGAGCUCUAUCUGAACGUCGGGCUUUGCUGUUUUUAUUGUCAACAGUUGGAUCUGUCGCUCGGUUGCAUCGAGCAGGCGCAUGCUGGCGCUGAUGACGAAUUGCAACCGGAUCUUUGGUACAACACUGCUCAUAUCGCAUUUGUAAGCGGGAUUUUUAUUGUUGGUUUAGAUAUACCAGUACAAAAGUAUAUCGUACAGCGAAAGCUGCUUAUAACAGAGAACUUUAAGAGUACCGAGAGUCAAUUUUAGGCCAAAAUGAAAAUUUGUAGAAUGAAACCUUCAAAUCAUUUUUUAAUCAUCUCUGAUUUGUGAUACAGUAGUUUUGACUGCUUUUUGAUCAAAUAGAACUCCUCUGGAGCCUUCCCUUAGGGCGAGAAAUUGGCUUGAAAAUGGCGCUGUAGCCAUAUCUCGACCCCGAAGACAGCCGAUCAAAAAAUGUACCAUUUUGCAUCCGGGAAGUAUCAAAAAUGUAGCAAAAUGCAUCCCUCUCCAAGCAAAAAACUCCGAUUUCUAAAGCGCGCUCGCUCUUUUUGUGAGGUAAAGGGCGCGCUCUUCAAAACGAAGUUUUUUUCAUUUGGAUGGUGAAGCAUUUCGCCACAUUUUUGAUACUUACCGAAUGCAAAACGGUACGUUUUUUGCCACUGGAUCAGGUCCGUCACUGUAGAUUUGAAACGGUUAAAAAUAUUAUAAUGGUUGAUAAACCGACCAAGAUUUUUUAAAGGUUCAUUUCAUACAAUAAAAAUAGCCAUUUUGAUAUGUUCUUCCGAAUGGCAUUAGCAGUAAUUUCGUAGUUUUAUCAUACCUUAGAUACUGAAAUUUUCAGUGGGUUAGGUGUACUUUCGUAAUAGAUUUCAACCUAUAGGAAAAUUACCGUAAAUUCCAGGGCAAUGGCGACACCCAGAUGGCGGAGCGUUGCCUUCGUAUUGCAUUGGCCUCAAAUCCCGACCACGCUGAGUCCCUUUGCAACUUGGGGAUAAUAAAAAUGAGAAACGGAUAUCUGGACCAGGCAAGGAACUUGUUCCAAACUGCUGGAAAAAAGGCUCCGCAUCUUUUCGAAGCGCAUUUCAACUUGGCACUUCUGAGUUACCAGGUAAAAAUAAUGUGAUAUAGAUCACAACAAGAGGAUGGUUAAUUUAAAUUUUUCUUUCAUAACUGAUGACACAUUCAUUUUGCAGACGGGACAAUACUACGAGAGCUACACUGCAGUAAAAAAGUCGCUGGAACAGUUCCCAGAUCACGAACCCUCGACAAUGUUGUUGUCGUAUCUGGAGAAAAUGUUUUCAUCAAAGUAG